UUUCACUUGGAAUCUUCAGCAUCUAAAUCUGUGGCCUUUACUCACUCCCAAUGUAGUCUCUUCAGGACUAUCUCCCCCCUCUCUCCAAAACCCUUCCCAGACUGUAUGAUAGUUUAUAACCACAUUGAUUAUUUUGUUUUUUUGAAAGGAUGGAUUAUACCUUAGAAGACACGCAACGCAAGGAGAAACUUCUGAAGACGGUUUACACCCUGCAAGUCAAAUCAGACUCCACUUUUCAGAAAGCCAGUCCGCUCCUGACCAGCCACCCAGGCAUGGGCAUGGUGACUGACCAACAAGUUCACCAGCUGGUGGAGAAAGCCAGAAUCAUCUGCCACGACCUCGACGAUAUCAAAAACCACCUUUAUUAUCGGCAAGAUGACCUCGUCCGGAGGGUUUCCAACCCCAAUAGGAACCACUACGGGGCGGUGGGUGGAAUUCACUGCUCCCCAGACGGGGUGGUCUACCUCACUACCGAGAACGCACCCAGAGUGGACCUUCUGAAUCGCUCCGGCCAGGUGUUUCGGUCCAUCCCCUGCGUGGAAUGGAAGAGGGAGGUUUUUCUACCCGAGGACGUGACCCUCACCAGAGCCGGGAUGGUGGCCGUCACGGACAUGCUGAACGGGACCGUCCACGUCUUCAAUGACCGCUCCAUGUUCUCCAAAGGGGCUUGGCUCAGAAUUGGGAACUUCCGCUCCCCCAGAGGGAUUGCCGUCGACACCUCGGGACGGAUCCUGGUGGCCGACUACACCGAAGGGAAAGUCCACAUCUUCGCCCUGGACCGAGCUUUCAAGAUGCAGAACGCGCAUUCCAUCUCCAACCUAAGCGGGCCACGCUACGUCUGCAGCACCCCCGACGGGGGUUUUGCCGUCAGCGAAGAAUGCGGGGAGGUCAAGCUCUUCGACAGCAGCCACAAGUUGGUCUCUUCCGUCAGCAGCAAAUACGGCCACCGGUUUGGCAACCCUGCGGGCCUCUGUGCCGAUAAAGAAGGCAAUAUUAUCGUUGCGGACGAACAGCGGCAGAAAAUCCACCUGUUCCCUCAGAACGGUUCGGCAAUCUGCCUCGUUUCUAAAGGCCUUCUCAGACCGACCAGCGUCGCCUGUGCCAUAGACGGCUCGCUUUUUGUCACCGACAGCAGGGCCAACGACAUCAAAGUCUUCAAAUAUCGCGUCAGGCCCCAUUACAUUCCCGACAUUAUACCUGCUGACAAUCCAAGCUAUUCGCCACGAGGGAAGGCAGGAUAGGACCCUCCACUGUCCUCUCCGGGUAGUCCUCGGCUUACGACCACAGCCAAGCCUGAAAUAUCUGAAGCCAGAGAGCUGUUAAGUGAGCGUUAUACCCUAUUUUGUGACCUUCCUUGCCACUGUUGCUAAGUGAAUCACUGUGGCUGUAUUGUCCCCAAAAGUGGGCUCUUGCUCGGUGUUGAAGCCGAUAAUUCACCGGAUACAAGGUGUGAUACAGGAUUAUACUUUUAUUUUGGUACCAAGAUAUAAGAACCCCGGUUUGAAAAUCUAACCAAAGGGCCAACAUUAGAAUUUUACAGCAGUUUUUAUAGUCAAGGGAUGGUCGCAUUCAACCCUUUGCCCUUCCCCUAGUAAU